UCUCCCGUCUGCGUUAACAGCAUCGCUACAGAAAAGCCGCAUUCUUCUUCAAUCAUUCACGAGUUUUGAUUAGGGUUUUUGCUGAGUAAAAAAUGAGUUCUAGCGGCGCAGGAGCGGGAAAGGGUGGCGCCGGAAGGGGCAAGCCUAAGGCGUCGAAGUCGGUGUCCCGAUCGUCGAAGGCGGGGCUCCAGUUCCCCGUCGGUAGGAUCGCGCGUUUCCUCAAGGCUGGGAAGUAUGCCGAGCGUGUCGGUGCCGGAGCUCCGGUGUAUCUCUCUGCUGUACUCGAGUAUCUCGCCGCAGAGGUUUUGGAAUUAGCAGGGAAUGCAGCCAGGGACAACAAGAAGAAUCGGAUUGUGCCGAGGCAUAUUCAGCUGGCUGUGAGGAAUGAUGAGGAGCUGAGCAAGCUUUUGGGCAAUGUGACUAUUGCUAAUGGUGGUGUGUUGCCUAACAUUCAUCAGAAUCUGUUGCCCAAGAAGGCUGGCUCAGCCAAGGGUGACAUUGGCUCUGCUUCUCAGGAGUUUUAGGGGUUUAGCGGAUAGAAAGUGAUAGUUGGACUUCUGUAAAAUAGCUGUUUUUGUACUCGGGUUUAUUCAAUGACUUUAUAUAUGAUAUAAGCAAUUCAAUUGCUGUUUUGGUUCAA